AUGGACGUACUUAAUGUACCCGAAGUGCAAACUCAAGGAGAAGUUACCGAUGCUGAGUUCUGUGAGGCUAUUCAGAUGUUAAAACAAGCGGUGACUAAACAAGUCAGGAAACAGAGAGGAUCUCAAGAGGAAAAGUCUAACACCUCGAGGUUUUUUGAAUUCCUGAGAAUGAAUCCCCGAAGAUUUUUUGGUUCAAGCACUACUGAGGAUCCAAAAAAAUUUGUGGAAGAGUUGAAAAAAGAAUCUGAGGUACAGAAGGAGUAUAGAAACAAGAAAACCAAGAUUAGGAUUGAGUCUGGGCAGCAUAAAGGUGGUUCAAAUCGGCAACAAUUUCAAAAACAUAAUGGGAAUGCACCAUCAUCUGCAAGUGCACUUGUGCCCAAAAACAGAGGUGAGUACAAUGGCCAGAAUUCACAGAACUACAAAGCUAUGCCAGCACAGUCUCAGGGAAGCAUGGCACAAGGGAGUAGUUGGGCUCCUACAUAUGCUAAGUGUGGGAGAACUCACAAAGGUAAAUAUCAUGAUGUCCAGACAUGUUGCUUCAAAUGUGGUCAAGAGGCUCACUUUAUGAGAGAGUUCCCUAAGAAUAAGCAAGGUGGUGGAAAUCUGGACAAUAAAGCUCAAUAUUCAUCACUUGCUCCACUAGACAGGGUUGCACCUAGAGGAGCCACUUCUAGUACUUGCGAAGGGCAAACCGUCUCUAUGUGA